ACCACUAAGUUCGUCACAAUUCGUGAGUCGGGAUGAGUGACUUUUAUUUCCUUUUUUGUCAAGCCCACGAAUGACGAUUUAAGUGUUUUGCGAUAAUUUGACAUUUGAAUAACAAAUAUGUCGUCCGCCGAAAGAACAGUGGUAGAACAUCUGUAUAAAGUACUUGUAAUCGGCGAAUUUGGAGUCGGAAAGACAUCACUCAUCAGGAGAUAUACUGAAGGUUACUUUUCACCUAACUACAAAUUAACGAUAGGUGUUGACUUUGCUUUGAAGUCAUUAGAUUGGGAUGAGAAUACUAGAGUCAAUUUACAAUUAUGGGAUAUUGCCGGUCAUGAGAGAUUUGGUCACAUGACAAGAGUCUACUACAAAUAUGCCAUUGCUGCUGUAAUAGUAUUUGAUCUCUCAAGACCUGCCACAUUUGACUCAGUAUUAAAGUGGUCAACAGAUGUUCAUGAAAAAGUGAUGUUAGCUAAUGAGCAGCCAGUGCCUAUUUUAUUAUUAGCUAAUAAGUGUGACUUGCCAGAUACAGUGAUAGAUGCAGACAUGCUGGAUCAUUUCUGCAAAGAAAACAAGUUUAUUGGCUGGUUUGGGACAUCAGCGAAGGAUGAUACCAAUGUUGGUGAUGCCAUGUCAUAUCUCGUGGAGACCAUCCUGCAGCUAACCUCUGAGGGCCAGAAGCCCCAGGAACACAUCUCAGUACACCAGGACCAGGACUACCUGACUGCGAUGAAGGAGAAAAGGCAACAAGAUGCCCUUAUCAUGCAGCAGAGACAGAGGAAAAAAGCAGAGGCCAAAUGCUGUCCCAUUUAGUAAGACCUGGUCUAUGCACUUCAGGAAUAGGACUAUCAUGCUGGAUGGUCUCUGGAACUUGUCUGCAGAUCCAACAUGUUGACAAAGUGGCAUGGUGAUUACCUACAAGUGUGUUGAAAGCAGAUUCUGUAGGACAUGCACCUCAGUAUACAUGAAGGAAGGUGGUGACAGUAGUCAAGGUGAAUACUUUCGAAGGCUACAAAGGGACGACAUCACAUCUCUUGAAUUUGAUCAGGAAUUAAUAUCUAAGAUUCAUCCGCCAACCGAUUUAAUUCUUUCAGUGAAUUUGAAACCUAUUAUUAAUGGUACCUCUGAUCAUUUGGUUAUUCUUAAUCUUAGUUAUCAUUCGAACUGAGAAUGAGCUGAAUUAAUGCUACAAUCACACAUGUAAAACCAACUUUAUUUUGACCAAAGCCAUGAUGACUUACCAUCAUUCAAUUAGGAGUUGGUUUCAUUGAUGUGAACGUAGUGUAUAUCUAUGCAUUGGUGCUCUUAUUAUAUUAUUAUUUUACUUGCACUGCCCGCUUUGCAUAGAUAUCUUUUCACCAGAGACUUUGUCAUUGUAAAUUGAUAAUUUCUUCUUUUUUUUUCUUAAAUGAUGACCUCAUUUUCAGAUUACAUGGGAACUUGUUAUCUAAUUACCAGGUAGAUGUCUAUUAAAAAAAUUUCCAGCAAUUGAGAAAUUGAUGG